AUGUUUUAUAUUUAUACAUGGCAGGCGUUCAUUCCUUACAUCAAAUGCUGGCCCCGAGUAUUCGGCUCUUUCUUUGCCUUCGUGCCAGUUUUUGAUAAAACACGAAUAUCGAUUAAAAAGGGUUUUAGAAUAUAUUGCCUCUUCGUUACGGUAGUGCUCAGUGCAUUAUUGGUUUACGAAUUUUAUAAGGAAGUAACGUCAUCAACGACAUACUAUAGACUUCGAAUCAUUACCUCAACUUUACAACUGAUUUCAACAUCCAGAAUAACUAUAAAAAAAUGGCACAAAACCUACUGUGUGAUAUUCUCAAUAAUAACGUUGAUAGCCAUACCGUAUCUCAUGUAUAUCACACUGACGGAGAAUCUGUCAUUCAAGUUUCGAGCAAUGGCAGCUUGUAUUCAUUUAAUGUCAACUGUGCAAAUAGUUGGGAAAGAUCUUGGAUGAAAUUCAUGAAGAUAUUUCUAGAAACAAAUCGAGAAUUGGAAAUGUUCGAUAUCUGUCAAGAUUCAUACCGACAUCAGAUAAACAGGGUGAACAAGAUCCUUUUUGUGUUACUCGUAACCGACGUUGCAUGUAUUUUUUAUCAUGGCGAGGAUUUGGAGUCAUCCAUUACCAAUAAGCUGCAAGACUUCUACAAAAUGACCAUGAUCGCGUACAUCAUCUGUGUCAUCGUCACCAUAAGAAUGCAACAAGAGUCGAUAAACUGCUUAACAUUUCACCCUACUGCUCUUUCGCUAGACUUCAGGACUCGAUGUCAGAACAUGAGAAGAUUCUAUAUGAAUCUAAAUAGGCAGAUCAAAUAUUUCAAUGAAGUAUUCGGAUUGCAUUUGCUCCUAAUGACGUUCAACGGAUUUCUCGUUCUAGUGCUGUUAACGGUAAUCUACAGUGCCAAGAUAGAACUGCGACUAUUUUAUAUAAUAAUUAACUCUGUUGGACCAUUGGCAAUUAUGUACUUCUGCGGCAGCACGUAUAAUGAUUCAAGAAGAAUAUUAAGUAUAUGCCAUAAACUGCAGCAAAAUAUUGUUCUGUUAGAAGAGGAACAGAAAGAAAUCAGGAAAUUGCUAAAGCAGGUAUCAACAAUAGCACCAGAAAUCACUGCUUCUGGAUUUUUCAAAAUGAGAAAAUCCACGAUCUUGUCGUUCUUCAACAUAUCCAUGAC